GGGCUGAGGGAAAGAGGCGGUGGAGCGGGAGCGGUGGCUGCAGAGACAGAAACGGGCAGGGAGGCAUUGAGAGAGCAAGAGUAGGUCUCUUUAACAGAGCAUUGAGUACCACUUUGAAGACAUGCCUAUUCGACGGAAUGCAAGUCCUUCUGCACAGGACACACCUGUGAAAAACAAACCUACUACAGAUGCUGAUGUGACAUCAGAAGAAUCCGUGUCAGCAGAGGAGGAACCUGAAAAUGACACUUCAACCCAGGAGGAGGAAAAGAAAGAAGCAGAAAAAAGUGGAGAUGAAGAGAAAGAAACCAAAUCACCAGAGGAACCUAAAAAGGAAGAAAAAGAACCAUCCAAGGAUAAGAAGAUUAAAAAGACCAUUCCAUCUUGGGCUACGUUGUCUGCUAGUCAACUGGCUCGAGUGCAGAAGAAUUCUCAGAUCAGUGCUACUACACGACCAAAAAUGGAUGCUAUUGUCAUUGAAGCUAUUAAGGCUUGUUUUCAGAAGUCUGGUGCUUCCGUUGUUGCCAUUCGUAAAUAUAUCAUUAACAAGUAUCCGUCACUGGAACUGGAGCGCAGAGGAUAUAUCCUGAAGCAAGCCUUAAAACGGGAGAUGCAACGUGGUGCUAUCAAACAGGUGAAGGGAAAAGGUGCUUCGGGAAGUUUUGUUGUUGCGUCAAAUGCAGGAAAACCAGCAAAUAAAUCGAAACAGGACAAAAAGAAAACUACUUCUUCCGGACCAAUGGAGCAGCCAAUAAAACUGGAGGAUGCUCUACCACUGGCAUUUACAAAGCUGUGUGAACCUAAAGAGGCAUCAUACAGUCUUAUCAAGAAGUAUCUUCUUCAAUAUUAUCCCAAACUGAAUGCUGAGAGCAGGCCAUAUUUACUUAAACAAGCUUUGCAAAGAGCCGUAGAUAAGGGUCAGCUGGAGCAGAUCACUGGCAAAGGAGCAUCGGGUACAUUUCAGCUCAAAAAGGCUGGAGAUAAACCGUUGUUAAGUGGAGGUCCAUUUGAGGAUGCAAUCCUUAGUGCCAUAACUGCUAUGAAUGAACCUAAAACCUGCUCAACAACAGCUCUUAAAAAAUAUGUCUCCGAAAAAGUUCCUGCAGCAAAUUCUAAUUUUCAGAUGCAUAUGCUGAAGAGAACUUUGCAGAAAUGUGAAAAAAAUGGAUGGAUUGAACAAAUUUCUGGGAAAGGAUUCAGUGGCUCCUUUCAACUUUGCUUCCCAUUUUAUCCCAGCCCUAGUAUCCUAUUCCCAGAAAAGAAACAUCAGGAAGAAGAGGAAGAAUCGGAGGAGGAGGAGGAGGACGACGACGAUGCGUCAGAAUCGGAAGAGGAUGAAUCUGAUGAUGAACCGCCUAAAAAAAGACACAAGGCAGUUCCGCGAGCCAAGGCCAAGCUGCAGAAACGAAAAGCUGCCACGUCGAAAAAAGCAGUUGCUGCUAAGAGGAGCACAUCGUCAAGAAAAGCACCAGCAAAAAAAACAGCUAAAAAAUCCAGGUCCUCACCAGUGAAGUUGGCCAAAAAACCAACGGUGGUUAAAAAACCUCUGCGUGGGUCUCUUAAGUCUCCAGCAACUCCAAAGAAGGUGAAAGGAUCCACCAAGACCACAAGGCAUUCACAGAGGCAGAGAAAGUAGCAAAGGCAAACGUGGAAUGCUUUUCUUUGGUGGUGCAUGGUUUUGUCUAUUUGAAACACGCCACGUGACAUAACUUUUCUGCAGCUAACCUAGAAAAAGUAGAAACUUAUUUUUAGAUAAUUAUGUAGAAUGCUAUUUUAGAUAAGCUGUUGGACAUCAACUUGUUUCAAGAAGGUUUUUAUUAGUUUAAUGGGUUUUAACACUUUAUAUUUAAGUGUGUGACCUUAUGAUGAUAUAGUAAGCAACACACUUGGUUUUUACCUUUUAAGUGGGGAGCAAACACAAUUGCUGAUUGACUUAAAUGAAUAUCAUGGUUUUGGAAAAUUCAUUUGUUGCUGUAAUUUUUUAUAAGGUGAUAUCUGACCUCCAUAGUUGAUGGAUUCUUCCUGGGGUGACAAUGGCUUAGUGAUAAUAUCACUAAGCUAACAAUCAGAGGCUCAGACUAAUGCUGUGAUGCAUGUGUUCAAAUCCCAUAAUGGCAGCUGAUAGAAUUUAAGUUCAGUGAAUAAAACCACAAUGGCGCCCAUGAAGCUAUCAUCAAUUGUUGGAAAACUAAAAAUCUAUCUGGUUCACUAGUGGUCACUAAAGAAGGAAAUCUGCCAUCCUUACCAGGUGACCUAAAUAUAAUUCCAGAAGCUCAGCAAUUCAUACAUCACAUUAAAGUAAACCUUGAAGAUGAUGUUUCCGUUAAAGUAUAUGCAGCAGCUUGGAAGAUACCGUGGAGAUCUUAUUGUGUUUAAUGUGAAAAAAUGUUAAAGCUGAUGCAUUCAAAAAAUUGGUCACACUUUGUAAUAAAAUUUCAACGGGAACAUUGUUUGGGGAAAGCUCAUUUAUGCCAUGAUAGAGUGAGAUCAGACAUUAAGAUUUUCUCAUGAAACUAAAGGGGAGAGCCCCAAAAUGAGGAUGGUGAAAAUCUUUUGCUUUGGCCUGUCUUCACCCAUUAUGGUCAGGUGUUAUCUUAAGUUCAUUAAUAUUGUUCAAAGUCCCUGUAUGAUUUGUAUUGGAGAUCAGUGUAAUGAAAAUCACCUUGUACACAUUGUAUGUGUAUUGAUGAAUGUUGCUACUCUGUUUUACUUUUUAAUAAUUGCAUUAGUGUCAGAUUUGUUGAAGUACAGUACUUGCAUGCAGCACCAUUUUGUUAAGCUUUUUUCUGUAAUCUUGUUUCACUUAGUAAAAAAUACUGUACAUUGUA